AUGAGACCUUUAUUGUUGAAAGGGCAUGAACGUUCCCUUACCCAAGUUAAAUAUAACCGUGAAGGUGAUUUGAUUUUCACUGUUGCCAAAGAUAAAGAAGCAUCUGUUUGGUAUUCAUUCAAUGGUGAAAGAUUAGGAACUUUUGUUGGUCAUGGUGGUACAAUUUGGUCCCUUGACGUUGAUAAUAAAACAGAAUUAUUAGUCACAGGUUCUGCUGAUUUCAGUGCUAAACUUUGGAAAGUUUCAAACGGUGAAGAAGUUUAUGAUUGGAAAUGUGCAUCUCCAGUUAGAAGAGUUGAAUUCAAUCCACAAAAUGAUAAAUUAUUGGCAGUUUUAGAUGCUGUUAUGGGUCAUAAAGGUGAUAUUUCUGUUUUCAAAGUGAAUCAUGACGAUUAUACAAAACAAGAACAAGAACCAAUAUUGGUUAUUCCAACUAGAGAAGGAUUUGAAAGAGUUACAGUUGCAGGUUUCUCAUACUUGGGUAAAUAUAUCAUUGCAGGUCACAAAGAUGGUGUUAUUUCCAAAUAUGAUGCUGAAACUGGUGAAUUCAUCACUUCUGUUAAAAUACAUGAUGGUUUAGUCACCGAUUUACAAUUCUCUGAUGAUAAAACAUAUUUCAUUACUUCAUCAAAGGAUAAAACUUCUAAAAUUUUGGAUGUUGACAAUUUCAACGUUUUGAAGAAAUUUGAAUCAGAUUCUCCAUUAAAUACUGCUGCUAUAACUCCAUUAAAGAAUUUUGUUGUGUUGGGUGGUGGUCAAGAAGCUAGAGAUGUUACUACUACUGCUGCUAAUCAAGGUAAAUUUGAAGCCAGAUUCUAUCACAAAAUUUUCGAAGAUGAAAUUGGUAGAGUUAAAGGUCAUUUCGGUCCAUUAAAUUAUAUCGCUAUCCAUCCAAAAGGUACUAGUUAUGCAUCCGGAGGGGAAGAUGGUUAUGUUCGUGUUCAUAACUUUGAUAAAUCAUACUUUGAUUUCAAAUAUGAUGUGGAAAUAACAGCUGAAGCUGCAGCAUCUAAAAAUCAAGAUUAG